UUGCACCUAAUUAUCAUUUUAUCUUUGUUUAACAUUUGAUAAACAACAAGGAUAAAAUGAUAUCUGAGUGCACCCGGGUGAUGUUUUCGAACGCAGCCCUAUAUAUACCAUACAUACGUGCUGCAUUCGUAAUGUGGUACUGCGUGGAAAUGUGGAAUUCACCUUCGUUUGGAUCAAUUUGGAUUGGAUCGAUUGGUGAUGUUCGAUUUCGAGCAGUUUAAAGCUGUAUUGUGUUGGUCAAAACGUAAUUAUCGAAGUCUACGUCAGCCUUGUUGCCUUAUCAGCAAAUAACUAAAACAAUAACAUCGAAGAUGAUGAACGUGUUUGACGUUGCUUCUAGCGCGCCAAGCACUGCCGUAACUUUCUUCACUGCAUCCGAAAUUCUUUAUCACAUUUCAACAUGCUGCAAACAGUUUCUUUAGUGCCUCUGCAAAACUUUCUGAGACUACCCGAUAAUACUCGGUGAUCCAUACUAAUAAAUCCAAUCGCUUGGUGGUUACUUAUGCAUCAUGGAAAAGCAGAGACAAAAAAAGAAACGGGAAAAGUUGCGUCAUUCAUUCCUAGAACAUCAGAUACCAGAUGCUCCUACAUUAGAAGAAUUUGAGUGCCUGCUUGGGGAAUCACCUACAAAUUAUCCCAAGGGUGAAGCUGUGGAAGAUAUAGAAAGUGAAUUACAUUCAGCUGCUAUCGAUACUGAAAUUUAUGAGAAACAGGCUGCUGAGAGAGCAGCCUUUGAGAAAAAAUGCAAUCAACAGGUUGAAACAUUGAAUGAGGUAUUAUUAGCUGAAAACUCUCACGAUGAAGUCGAUGUUGUACAACCUUGCUUGGUAUCCGACACUUUGAACGAUCAGAUAGAUCAAGUGCAAAUAAAUGUUUCUACAAUUCAGCUAGUAGACAUAUCAUCAACUGUUCCAGAGGUCAGCCAGACGGUCCAAGAGUCCGAAGACACAAUCGAAGUAAAGACUUCAUAUCAGAAAAUUUUACCAAAACAAAUAGAAAUUUCAGAAGUCAAGAAAGACACGGCGAGUGCGUUUAAAGAUGUUAGGCCAUUCACGGAACAGCAACUGGCGUCCUUGUAUCACAAUCAGGAACUAACGUUGGUCGAGGCUUUCGUGGCCGAGUUUACGGAGACACAGUUGAGAUGCGCGCCGUUGAGACAACAGCACAGACUGCACGAGUUGCUGAUGAACUAUCUGAGAGUGCGAAACCACUUAAUUACAAAUUCGUACGAGUUGGAACGUCUGAAGAAGAGCUGUCGGGAAACACAGAAGCAGCUUUGGUGUCUAGAAAAGACAUCGGAGACAGAGAGUGGCGAAUGCCAAGAUGGCAAUCCUGUCACCGCCACUCAUGAAUACUCGAUCGCUCAUUUUAACCAGCAGGCUCUAGUAGCUCUCUCCAGGACGUUAUCAGCUAUUAAAGACACUUUACACAACAGCCAAGCAUUGUAUUGCUACGAGGCGGAAUCGCUACGCAUACAGAUUGAGCAUUACGUGCAAAGAGUCGCUAGGAGCUUCAAUGAGUUUGCUAAUCUCUCACAAACUGCUCCAGCAAAUCUUUUACCGGAACAAUCACCAUCUCAGACUGCUCCACAACUAGUGGAACUUAGAAUGUGCGUAACUGUGUUGUUCAACUUCCAACGUCGAAUUCUCAAGGAUGGUAAAUUUGUCACAGACACCAGAGAAUGGUUGUCGAAGCUGGUAGCGGUGCUCCUGAGAGUCGCCACCUGGCAGGAUCAUUUGUUUCUCCUAAAUCAUAUACUACGAUGUCCCGGCGGCGUGAUGAAUUGGGCGAAAUCCUUCGUACAAGUGCCAGUACCGCCGAAAGUCUCCGGAUUGAGUUCCUCACCAUUUAAUGAUCCAUACCUCGAUCAUAUGAUUGCCACUCUUGCAGUAAUCUUGCUACCGAUUAAAGAUCGAGAUAAGUUCUUGGAGCAGGUGCAAGUAUCCUUGCAGGAUACUACAAACAGUCCAGGGGAUACAGUGUGGGUGAUAUUAGACGAAGAGGGCGAAGAGGACGAAGACAUCUCUAAUGUCGGUGCCAAUCUUUUCGAGAGUGACUUGAUUUCUCUUCUUCAUCAAAUUCCACUGGACAAGUUGUUCGAGCAGGUGCUGUUUAUUCAACGGCAUAACGAAAAAUACGUGCAAGAGGAGAAGGCGAUCACAGACCAUCACAUGUUGCGUCUUUUCGCGUUCUACAGCGUGCUUCUUAAACUUCUAAAGCAAGGCCUAAAAUCUUACGAUUCUCCAAGAUAUAGGCAAUUAGCAAAGAGACUCAGCGCGUUGAUUCGAGAUAUUGUCCAAUAUGCCAGUGAUCAAUGGGAAGCUUUUGACAAGAAUCAAAUAAUCGACGAGUCAAUGCAGCUGAAGCUGCAGACCGAAUACGAUUGUUUCUUUCUGAGAGCAAUCCUUUGCAUAUUCUCGUCACGACGUUUAGGUGCCUGGCAAUAUCUCGCCGCAAUGCCAUACCAUAUUGUAUCACCCACUACUCUGUGGCACAUCUUCUAUAUCCUGCAUACUGAUUCGACAUCUAGUGAUAUAACAUCGAAUACAUCAGUCUCAGACUGGGAAUCGGAGCUAAGUCGUCCUGAACUGCACGAACAAUUUGAAGAAAAGUUGGGCAACAUGCCCGGUGACGAGUCUUACUUUUUGUUGACAACUUUUGCUAACAUGGCCAUGGCUAGAGGCUACAAAGACUACGAUUUUGUUAGAACAACUACGAUUGAUCUGUUUCAAAUUGGAUUUCUCAGUGAGAAAACUCAAGAGUCCUGUUCGAAGGACGCAAGGUCGCUUUUAUCGAACUUAACAAGCAAAUAUCCAACUCUCUUGUCUGAUAUCCUGCAAAAAUUAAAAGACAAUUUUGUAUCAGUUGGAAAACUGAGUUUGUAUUUAUUCACUGAGUUGAAAAUAGGCACGUGGGUACCACAACAGCAAGAUAUGGCAAUUUUGUCCACUUGGUUGCAUCAACAUCCUUUAACUUCGCCUGAAAGUCAUCUAGCUCGGCUAAUUUUUACACAUUUAAAUUGGGGCCUUGAUACAAAUGACAAUCUGUUUCUUCCAAUUGAUCUACAUCGACAAAUGGCAUUGCUAAUUGUGGAACUUACAAUGAAAUAUGUGCCUGACACUCCAAUACAAACGGCUUCGCUGUUAGCUGAAAGCAUGAAGCAAGUUUCCUCAAUGGUGAGACCUCAGAAUAGCGAGCAAGCGUUCAGUCUGUGGGCAUGGGAAUUGAUGAAUAAACUGAAGCUGCAUCAGCUGGACCGAUCGGAGUCCGUGUGUCAGUACACCAUCUCUAAUCCAGCUGAGGGUCUCUCUUGCGUACCUAACAUGGAAUCGGACGCUUUCUUGGAGAUUCUGGUGAAAGGAGUGCGCGAAAAGCAACCAAUUGCCAGCUACGCUUCCGUGUUGAUGACCCUGUGGGGCCACUCAGUGCCAUUGAUCUGCGUCGAAGGUUUCAGCCAGUUGCAGACCCUGCAAUGCUACUACAAAUACGAACAAGUGCUUAUAUGUUUGCACCACAUAAUACCGUUGUUUCUCGAGUGUCCGGAUUCCUUGCUAAAGAACGACAAAUUUGUCAGUUUGAUUGUGCCUCUUAUUAACGCCGAUCGGACAUAUAUGAAGAUAGCAAAGAACCUGAUCGCUCCGGAAUUCCCUGGUUCGAUUUUGAGACAGUUUUCGAACAUGAUUGAAUCUCAUUUGUAUCAUUAUAAACGGUAUUGCUUGAAUAGUCCGGAACCUUUCGUACAUCUAUGGCUGAACGUAUUGAUUCUUGUUCAAGAUUGGAAUAAAGACCAUAACGUAAUGUAUUUGAUGGACAGUGUGAUCCGCGCAGCGUUCUUUCACUUAGAAUCUAGAGCGAUGAUGGAGAACAUGUUUCAAAAUCUUUUUUGCCCUGCUAUAGAUGGAAGUAACGAGAAUAUAUCAUCCAAUCGGACACCGGGAUCAUUUGGAUCAUUUUUGAGCUGGGCAACAGGAUCUUCCAGCUCUGCAAGCCUUCUCGGUGGGACCGUUCAGACGAUAUGGCUUGCUUAUCAAAUCCUUUCAACGGAGCAGUAUGAUAGGGAGCUUAAAACCGGAUUAUGGCGCGAGAUUCUACGAGAACUGUCUAUGCAAUCCAAGAUAUCUUUAGAUACUGCGCUCAAGAGAGCGUGUGUAACAGUGAAAAUGACUCCGUUUGGAGUAAACAAUUUGGCUAUUUACCGCUGGUCUCAGCAAGCCCUUGAUACACCUAUGGAUCAUCCAAUUCUGCCUCUAUUAUGGCAAAAUUUCUUCAGUUUGUUCCUUGCGCGAGCACCUACCAUUCCAGGAUCUAUGGACAAAGGUGGGGUUGGAGAAAAAUUUUUUGAGGGGAUGAUAAAUUUAAGUUAUUUAAAAAAGUUAAAGAAACGACUGCAUGAAACGACAGAGUAUUUUCAAGUAAAAGGAGAAAAGGGUACGGACAAUGGAAAACCGAUCACAGAUGAUCGGCGUGUAUUUUAUUUCAGUAUUGCAAAAUUUUAUAAAACGUUGAGUCUCUGGUUGGAAGAACCUCGUCUUCAGGAACCGGGACUUUAUCUUCCAGCUCUGCCACCGCAAUACAUGUCGCAGAGGCUAAUUCUACUGAUGCAAGGGGAUCGAACUCUCUGGCUGGAAUAUGUCGAUUACUGGGCGGUGCAACAGAGCCAGCUCAAAGCAGUUUGCGAGUGGGAGCGUGCAACGUUCCGCGAUCCCGAGAAUCAGUACCAGAAGUUUUCUCAGGCUUCAUCGAGCGCUGCAGAAUCGAUCGAUCCUCUGUGCAGAAUCUUUCGCAAGCUGAGCUCUUACGAAUUGCCGGUGCAACCGCCGCUUUUAAAUCGAAAUCAGACCGUGCUGGGCUGUAUAGCCAGGGAAUGCCUCUACAACUCCACUGCCGUUAUUGAUCUAGUCAAACCGCAUCUCCGAGUUAUUCUCGACUAUGCGCAGACCUAUAGUCUUAUGGUAUCUGAGCACACCGCAGCGGACUGCAGCUUCCUCGAACUAGUCCCAACUCUCUACCGAAUUUACGAGAAUCGUGUUACCUUGCACGCUCUCUGCGACCCUGCACCAUCCAACCAGAGACGCUCCAGAUCGGGCACACCUCCCACAGUGCAUUGCGCAGGCUCGGCGAUCAUCGAAAUCACAGUUGAAGAGGCGCAUGUCAGCGAAGGCGUGGACCAUAUGAUAACUCAGAACCGAGCUGAAUAUGAGAAUCUCUUAGUGAAAGCUAGUCAGCCGCCACCCAGCAAAGUUACUCUGGGCUGCGUUUUCAUCGAUCAUUUGAUCGCGAUGCUGGAGCAUGAGUUAACUGUCAGUCGCACUAACGAAAAUACUGCUAUAUUACGCACAGUGCAAGAAAGCGGAAUCAAGUUGUUCUAUCAUCUAGUAGAAUUUUAUACGGAAGAAGCAGCGAUGUGUCCUCCCACAAAGCAGCUAAUCACUACUUGCUUGGAAAAACUAGGCCAGUUGUUCAUUAGCGGCGAGGAAUCUCAAGGUCCGCAAUUACUGAGCACUAUAAUCCAGAGGCCUAAUCUCGGAGGUCUAUUGGGACCACACUUCACUCCUGUCGCCGGAGGUGCCUCUACAUUCUUGCAGAUGUAUCAAACUGUUGUAGAAUUGUCCACCGGGUCCAAUGUCGACUUGUGCUUUGUAUUGCUCUCAAAGUUUGAUGUCGGCAGCUGGCUAAACUAUCGUCGUCCGCGAUUAAGCGAAAGAUCUACCUUCAUAGAUCUAGUUUCUAGAGCGCUAUGCAACAUUGGUUUGAAUCCCGAAGAUGAAAAGUUAAUGCUGCAUGAGCUGUUUCGAAACCACCUACGACUCAUUCUUCUGCACGAAUUUCCCGAGCAUUAUGGUGAGGUAUUAAGUGCGGUACUCAGAGGUUCUGAGAGUCAAAAUCUGUCUCUGGAUGUGUGGCGCGACUUGCUGGGAGCUCUCAGCGGUAAACCAAAAAAUAUCGUACCCUCCCAGAAUCCUCCAAAAAUCAGAGAUGAGAUCAGGCACUACGCUACGGAACAAAGACUUCUCUCUCGCCAAGAGAUGCACGAUACUGCUGUGCUUCUAAGCCGACACUUCAUGAAAGAAAGAUUACAAUAUGGAUUGUACGGACUUUAUCCGAAGUAUAGAAGUUAUAACGAACCAUUGACCAUCUUUCUGGGUAUGGUCAGUCAUGCUUUAGUCGUAUUGACGCUACAAGCUGAUCGAGGAUCUCUUGCUGAUCAAUUGUGCGAGAAGAUUUGGCCGGUGUUAAGCGAGAUGUACGCGCCAUGGAUCACUCCAUAUUGGACGAGGAAUCUGCGAGAGCCGACAGCUGCGUGGAUUCAACAACUGACGGAUGACAGAUCGGUGUUGCUACCAUGGAUCAUCACCGACGGUCCUUAUGCAAAUCGUACGAUGGCGAUGUUCGCCGAGUGCAUUCGUUUCAUUAUCGACACCAUGCCGGCAUCCAGCAAGAUUCUCAGCUUUGUAUGGCAAUUUUAUGUGUCCAACUAUGCUCACACGUCCGUCAAAGACCACGUGCUGAAUGUCGUACACGGUAACUUGUUGUCUCUUCCCUGGGAUCGCUUCUAUCCUUCCACUAAUGAUGUCGAGUUAAUGAUCAAAGUCAUCGAUCAGUAUCUGCCGGAUUGCCACUUAUUCCUCGGAAGCAUCUUCACCUGGAUCAAUUGGUCUAGCUGGGUUAACGAAUUAAUGACCACACAACCGUUGCCGGUCGCCGCUAGGAUGCACGUUUGUUUGCUGAACUUGUUAGUGAAACUAUCCAAUGAACCAAACGUUAGACAGAACGAGAAAGCGGUGCAACUAGUUACGGAAGCUGAAAGCUUCUCUUGGCACUUGAUCGACGCUGCGGCGUAUGACCAAGUGAUUAAUUGGCAUGUGAUGAGUUGCGAUCCCAAAGUGAUCCUGUGCCUGGGCAAGGACCAAACUCAUCCUAUCGACGCAACCGUCAACAAUUUGCUGAAGAUAGCGGCAGCCUACGAUCCUAUAGUAAAACACUUUCACUCUACUACUCUGAAAAAGAGACAGAUGUAUGUACGUUCCUCUGUGAAAUUGCUGGUCAACUGCACUACGAGACACAAGUCCCUUCUUUCGACCAACAACAAAGCGUUUACCAACACGUUAUCACGAAUGCUUGACGAAAUGGAAACUGUCAUCACUAGCACCGUAUCUGAAUCGCAACAGGUUGCUGAAGCCGGUCUACUAAUCACCGAGUUCUUACACUCGAUUAACCAAAGUGGAGCGCUGAUCGAUCAUCUUCGCAAUAGUUGGACCGCAUGGUUAUUAGAGCGAACUGCUAGUAGUCCGGUUUUGAUGGGAGUGUUAAGAGUGAUCGGAAUGGCAGUCGCUUCCUCGUCUACUUUAGGCCACCUCAUGGAAGCUGCUUUGGAAGCUUAUUUCAAAUAUAACAUAACGGAAGACAUUCAACCUACAUGGGCAUCAGUGUUGAUGAUUUUGCAGUCCGUAGUACCGCGUCAGCCGCCGUUAGAGUCCGUGCUAGUAUCAGAAGGAAGAUUACUAGCUCUUUAUUCCGUGUUGCUAAAAAGACUUCCGUCUUGCAGAGACAUCCGGGAGGAGGGCAUGCUUCUAAUUAACCUGGUGGAUUGGAUUAGUGCUAUCAAAACCACAGAUAUCGUCGAGGAGAAACUGCCUUUACUGUGGGCGAAAGCGUGCGAGCUGGCUUACAGACAGUGUCAAUAUAGUGAGAACACAGUGAUUGCUGCUAGAGCUUUGAAGGGAUUAGCACGAGCAUUAUUAAUAGUAGCGGACGACGCGGGGCAAGGUUGGGGUAUCUUGGGAGCUAUUGGACUAAGAAAAAGUUCUCAACUUACCAUACGGUGCAAGUUUCUGAGCCGCGUCAUAGCCGUCUACUGCCUGGCACAACUACCAGAAUCCAAAUCUGAUCAACAGCUAGUGAGAUACACUCCACACUCGCCUGGUGUGGCGCCUUCAAGGUCGACCGAUCCAGAUACGAUGGAGAUUCGUCCUAGCAUGGAGGCUGUGAAAGCGAUGCAGAGUUUGGAGGGGCUUCUGAUAAAUAAGCAGUAUGCGGAGCUGCGAGGAGACGUAGAAAGGUCCAUUAGACUUAUCAGGGACUCCGCUAACUCCCUUCACAACGCCGUCGAAAUUGUUGGUGUGCUCACCACGGAGCUCUACAAUCAAAGAUAUCUGCAUGUGCUGACAGAGUGAUACUAGUUUUAUUUAGAUUUAAAGACGAGCUGGCAAACACUUCGAGUUGUCUCGAAGCGUGACCUCGUAAGAUUCUCGAAAAAUCGAAUUUUGAGUCAUUCUAUUGAGUCAUUCUAUUAUCGUCUUUCAAGAUUUUCAAAUAUUUCUAACUCACGAUUAAUUUUAAUGUUUCAACAUUUUCGAAAUUUUCAAGAUUUACAAGGAUUUUCAAGAAUCGGUAUUGAAUACUUCAAGAUUUUGUAAGUCCUUUAAGGUUCUUGGCGCCUCAGCCAAGAACUCCGCGUUGACGGUAGCGACAUUCCGUUGCGGACAAAAUUAGAACUAAUAGACGUGAAACGUUUUGAUUGACGAUGAAAUGUUGUCGUGCACGUCAUUUUGUUAUUAUGUAUUUUAUUGUAAAAAUGUGACUUGUUUUGUAUUUACCAAAUUUGUAAAAAUGGACCGCAAGUAACGUUUCUUUGAAUUUUAUACAUAAAAGUAGAUUUUUCAUUCCUUUCAAUAGCUAUCCGUGUGUUUUUCUGUCCAAAUAGACUUCACUUUACGUGCUUUUUACAACCAUUUACGGAUUAUUAAACGGAAAAAGGAUAGUCGAAGCCUAUUUUUACAAGUGUUUUAAAGCGAUUUCGUUAUUUUGUUUUAUCCAAAUACAUACUCUUUAUUUAAAAAUGUCACAUCAAAAACUUUUACGUGUGAUUUCUCGCUUAUGACGUCACGACUUCUUCAAUAUGGCCGCGGCGAGUAGACAGGAGCCUUGAAGAAAUUCUAUAGUUGAAUUGCUUGAAAACUUGCAAGAGAGAAUGCCCAUUAUUACAUAAAUUUCAUAAAAUGACACACGUUUAAAUUGAAUGUUACAACUCUUGUCAGAGAUAUCUGGGAAUUGAGAUUACAUUGUGAUUAUUCAUGUAUAGAUAUUUGAUCGAUAAUCGAAUCCCCUCAUCUCCAAAAAAAGUACAAUUGUGAUGUAAUCUCAAUCCUAAAUGUAGUUACGUAAUAUGAAUGUAAUGUAAGGCGCGGUCUGUUUUUAUUUAAUUUUUUUUUUUAGAUCUGGACCGAUCUAGUCAUAAAGCUCUUUAAUUUGAAAUAUUGUAAAAUCUUUAGGAUGCAUUCAAUUUAAACGAUCGCAAUUACGCCGAUAGAUAGUUAUACCAAUAGUAUAUAAUAGUUAAAAUAAUAUUUAAAGACGUAAUUCUUAUUUACAUUAAAAUUUAUUAUGCACUCGAUUCACGUCAUCGGAUGCUUUCGUACCUGCGUAUAUAAAUUCUGUGUUAAACCAAUGAAUUUGAUUUAUAUUUACAUAUCACAUUAAGAUUCCAAUAAUGUAAUUAACUUAUAAACGCGAUUAUUAUAAUUUGUUGUUAACAUCGCACGAAAAGUCAUUCAAGAGCGGUGGCUGUUCAUAAUAAAUUGUUAAUGAAUAAA